AGUGUCUUACACAAUCCAGUCCUUUCUUCAUUCUGCCUGCAUUUGCUCGCCGGUGUGUUUAAGCCCCUCACGUUUCUCAUUUUUUGUUUUUUCCCCCAGUCAAUCACCGCUUAGGAAAUGAGUGGGGACCAUUUCCACAACGAGGACCAGAUUGACAGUGGCUCUCGUGUCAACGAUUCCCACAAGCAUAAAGAUAAAUAUAAAGAACACAAACACAAGGACCACAAGAAGGAUAAGGAACGGGAAAAACUAAAGCAUGGCAAUGGUGACCACUCGUCUGACAAAAAACACAGAGACAAAGAUAAGGAAAGGAUCAAGCACAAAGAUGGCAGCACAGAUAAAUACAAGGACAAGCACAAGGAGAAGAAGAUAAAAGUCCUUGAUGGUAAAGUCAAAAAGGAGAAAGAGAAUGGUUUUGCAAGCCCUCCGCAUGUUAAGUGUGAGCCUGAGGAUGACUUUUACCACUCCCCUAAACACGAGAAGUCUCUAAAAAGAGAGCGGGAUCGGGAUGAUGAUGACGAUUACGACUUUAAGGCCAAAAAAGUAAAGACAGAAAAUGACAAGAAGGACAAGAAAAGGAAACAAACAGAGGAUGUCAAGUCUAAAAAGACUAAAGAUAAAAAAGGAGAAACUGCUGAUGGAAAAAAGAAAGCAAAGAAGGAACCAGAGGAGAAGUGGAAGUGGUGGGAAGAGGAGAGGUACACGGAUGGUGUCAAAUGGAAAUUUCUGGAGCACAAAGGACCAGUUUUUGCACCACCUUAUGAACCCCUCCCUAGCAAUGUCAUCUUCUACUAUGAUGGUAAGCCCAUGAAGCUCAGUCCGGAGGCAGAAGAGGUAGCCACAUUCUUUGCCAAAAUGCUAGACCACGAGUACACCACAAAGGACAUCUUUCGCAAAAACUUUUUUAAAGAUUGGCGUAAAGAAAUGACAUCGGAGGAAAAGGCUAAGAUCACAGACUUGAAGAAGUGCAACUUCUCUGAGAUGGCCGAGUACUUCAAGGCUCAAUCUGAAGCAAGGAAGGCCAUGUCUAAAGAGGAAAAACUGAAAAUUAAGGAGGAAAAUGAGCGCAUUCUGCAAGAGUACGGCUUCUGCAUCAUGGACAACCACAGGGAACGCAUUGCCAACUUCCGCAUUGAGCCUCCCGGUCUGUUCCGUGGUCGUGGGGACCAUCCCAAAAUGGGCAUGCUUAAACGUCGAAUCAGACCUAAAGAUAUCAUCGUCAACUGCAGCAAGGACUCCAAGCACCCACAGCCGCCACCAGGCACUAAAUGGAAAGAGGUUCGUCACGAUAACAAGGUGACCUGGCUGGUGUCGUGGACUGAGAACAUCCAAGGCUCCAUAAAGUACAUUAUGUUGAACCCCAGCUCAAGGAUUAAGGGAGAGAAAGACUGGCAGAAAUAUGAAACAGCUCGUAGACUGAAGAAAUGCGUGGACCGCAUCAGAACCCAGUAUCGUGAUGACUGGAAGUCCAAGGAGAUGAGAAUCCGACAGAGGGCCGUGGCGCUCUACUUCAUUGACAAGUUGGCCCUGAGAGCAGGCAACGAGAAAGAGGAAGGAGAGACGGCUGACACCGUAGGCUGCUGCUCACUUAGAGUUGAGCACCUCAAACUCUACCCAGAGAAUGAUGGUCAAGAGUUUGUGGUGGAGUUUGACUUCCUGGGUAAAGAUUCCAUCCGCUACUACAACAAAGUCCCUGUGGAGAAAAGGGUAUUUAAAAAUCUUCAGUUGUUCAUGGAGAACAAGGAGCCAGAUGACGACUUGUUUGAUCGCCUGAAUACUUCAAUUCUCAACAAGCACCUUCAGGAGCUGAUGGACGGUCUGACAGCCAAAGUUUUCCGUACAUACAACGCCUCAAUUACCCUGCAACAGCAGCUAAAAGAGCUCACAAGUGCGGAUGAGAACGUCCCAGCCAAGAUCCUGUCCUACAACAGGGCCAACCGAGCUGUGGCCAUCCUGUGUAACCACCAGAGGGCUCCACCUAAGACGUUUGAGAAGUCUAUGCAGAAUCUGCAGACUAAGAUCGAAGCUAAAAGGGACCAGCUGUCUGAUGCGAAAAGGGAGCUGAAGAGCGCCAAGGCUGAUGCCAAAGUACGGAAAGAUGAAAAGUCCAAAAAGGCUGUGGAGACCAAAAAGAAGGCCGUUCAGAGGAUAGAGGAGCAGCUGAUGAAGCUGGAAGUGCAGGCGACCGAUCGUGAAGAGAACAAGCAAAUUGCGCUUGGCACUUCAAAGCUCAACUAUCUCGACCCUCGCAUCUCUGUGGCUUGGUGUAAGAAGUGGGGCAUUCCCGUUGAGAAGAUCUACAACAAAACCCAGCGUGAGAAGUUCGCCUGGGCCAUCGACAUGGCAGAUGAUGACUUUGAAUUUUAAAUCCCAGGUUGUGGUUUUAACUUUUUAUUCGGAUCUUUCUUUUUACUAUAAUGAAUUUUUCUCAAUGGACACAGCUGAUAAGGAAUUUCAGGAGGUUUUAGCAGGGAAAAAAAAAAGACAAAAGAUGAGAUGGGGGUCCAUAAUCACGUGGCAGGAGGGUGUUUGGGCAGUCGAAACAUCUGUUCUGAGAUCAGGCAUCACUGCGGAACUAAACCCACAACUCUGCAUCAAGGCAUAGUGGCAGUCAUUGGAUGACCGACCCCUCCCUCCACCCAUUUUCUCCUUCUGGAGACCAUGCCUGAACUUUGAACUCUGUGGUUCUAUUGCUUCUGUAUUAAGCAAAAAAAGAAAAUGCUUUGUAUCAUUGUAUCUUCACUUGCUGUUAUUUUAGCCCCCUCAUGUAUUAUUAUUAUUAUUAUUAUUAAUGAGUCUAUAUUUUGAUAGAUACACUUCAAACAAAUCAAUUCCUUAAUACCACCCACAGGCCUUCUGAGGACAAGGAGAAAUGUGAGCUUGAUUUGAGUGUGUGUGUGUGUGUGUGUGUGUGUGUGUGGGCCCCCAACCAUAAAAGCUGUCUGUUUUUGGGUGAUUUUAUUUAGAAAUAGUUGAGCUUGUCUGGGAAGUGGGCAAGCUUUGUGCGGGUGGGGAGGAACACUGCAACCAUGUCAACCAUGACUUGCGCAAGCAGAAUGUGAAUCUACGUUUUACAGCCUUUCAUCAGGGACUUCUUUUUCAGUGUCAAUGUGAACCAAUCAUUUGUAUCCCGUCGGUGGCAAGCCCCACCCCUCCGAAGCGGCUGCUUAACCAAGUCCAUGUCCCAAUUUAACUUCAUUUGUUCCAAGGAAAAAAAAGAACCCCUGUUACUUGAAGACGAUGUAUUUAAAUCUGUGAGUGGAAAAGUGUUCCUCACUGAAGAGAGGUGUGUGUGUGUGUGUGUGUGUGUGUGUGUGUGUGUGUGUGUGUGUGUGAGAGGGAUAUCAACUUUGCCAAAAACAAACAAAAAAAUCACCAAUCUGUUACAAUUUUAGGUAGUUUUUAAUUGUGUAAAGAAUGAGGAUAAAGCAGUGUAACAUUUUAAUGUGAAUUCAUUUGAUUCCACUCUUAGGAUAGGAACGUUGAUGUAAGUAGCUGUAAAGUCAACAUCCUAUUCCUCUUUUACCUUUUAUGUCCUAGCAUUCGAUCAUGUUAAGUUUUAUGCUCAUUGUAGGUUAAGUCAACAAAUAAAACGCUACACACAAAAACAUUUUUCUUUGGUUUGUUGUGGGGGGUUUUUUGUUGUUUUUUUUUACCCCCCAACAUCGACCAUGCCUGUCCUUGGGUCUGAUUAAAAUUGUCACCCUGUGGCGCUCCGGUUAAACUUCUCCUAAAUCAAUUUCCACAUAAUUCACAAAAUAAACACGACUUGUACUCUUGCUGAUUCCAGUCACGGGAUGGAUUCAAACUCAGAAGUGACAUCUGGCAGCCCCACAUGAUGCCACCGUACCCAAAGCGCCGUUUCCUGUCCUGUCCCUUCACUAGGGGACUCAUUGUCUACCAAAUACGCUUUUCAGGCCAACCUCCCAUCUUGCCUUCCAGACAACAAAAAAAGAAAUGGAAACGAGCUGGAACGCCUUUUAUUGUGCCAGUUUGGCGACUGUGCUGUCAACUGCUCACCAGCAGGGGGCCCUCAAAGCACUGCUCGGUGCUCGUUCAUUUCAAAUGUACAGAAGGCGAUACUGGCGGGAAUGAUUGUGUGCUAUUGCCUUUAGUCUUCUGAUCGUGAUUCUAAUCACAAUAAGACAAAGAGCAGACAUUUUAGGCAAAAAGAAUACAAUUAAUUUUAUUACAGCUUGAGCAAAGUAACUAGACAGAGGGCUCUCGUUCAAGUCCUUUUUUAUUUUGGCUUUUUGCCCCUGUUGCCCUCAUGUGUCCGAUAACUUAUUGCCAGAGUUUGGAAACAAUAUAUAAAUAAAUACAGUCGUCCCUCUUUUAUUGCCGUGAAUUGGUUGCAGACCUGUCGUGAUAUGGGAUUCAAUGUUAAUAACUUCGUUGUUGGAGCAUAGAAAACCAGUUUGACUUUAUUUUAUUAGAACCCUGUAGAUGCAAAAUAACACGUCUACGGUCAUCUUUAACCUAGAAUUUAUUGUUUACGUCACAUUGCCCAAGAACCCCAGACGUCCGCAAACUAGCGAGCUACCCUGUUGGCCUUGAAUUUAUUUCUUCUAAACUUACGCCCAAAACUUCCAGACAGAAUGGGAGCAUAACCGUUUUGUACUCUAUCAUGUGUGACACGCCACGGCUGACGUCAUGGCUUCAUGCAGCGUUAUGGUGAUGUGUCGGUCGCGAACGAACCGGCUCUAAGAGCAGCUUUUUCAAAUGAACGAGAGGAACCGAUGCGCGUCGUUGGGAGUCAAUUGAGAGCCGACUAGAUUUUUUUUCUUCCUCUUUUUCUCUGUAAAAGGGGAGUGUCUGUGUCCACACUGAGCAGGGGCUUCGGGUUAAACACGCUGCGGUGCUCUUAAAAGCUGAUUCGUUUGUGAGAAAUUUGUAUGAAGAGAUUUGACCUAUUU